AUGGCGGGCUUCUUCAAGCCCGCCGCGCCGCCGGCUGCGGCGAAGAAGGGGGAGGAGGCGAAGAAGGGGGAGGGCAAGAAGGAGCUGGGAGGGAUGAAGCCGUCGGCGCUCAAGAAGCGCGCCAAGGAGGCUGGCGUGGAGGAGAGCAAGCUCGACGAGGCGGACGACGCGGACGACGCGACGCUCAUCGACCUCAUCGUCGACAAGGCUCGCAUCCUCGAGGACGCAGCUUCGCUUGUGGACGAUCCGGCCGAGCUGGGCGCGAAGACGCCGCCGCCGGUCGCGGCUGCCGAGGAGGAGGCUGCGCCGACCCGCACCCGCACCGUGACCGUCAAGGAGCGCGUGCGUGAGGAGGUGGCGGAGGAGCAGCUGCGGCCUGCGGCACCGCGCAUGCUGGGAGGCGCAAAGGCGGGCGGCAAGCCCGCGGCGGCGGCACCCAAGCAGAAGAAGCGCGCGGCGGCGCCGACAGACGGCGCCUGCUGCGGCGAUUCGGACUCGGAGGAGGCGGCGCCGAAGAAGGGGAAGAAGGGCGGCGGCGGCGCCAAGGCCCUCGCCGGCUUCGCUGGCGGCGUGGCGGCCAAGCCGGCCUCGGCGGGGAUGCGCUCGAUCGGCUCCUUCUUUGGAAAGAAGUGA